UCAGGCAGGACCCGGGGAAAAGAGCGUGGAAGCGGCCCUGCCCAUAUCGGCGGGGCGAACGAGCCAUGUCAGAGUUCCAGAUUUCGGUGGAAGAGCUCAACGACCUGCUGGCCAACGGCAGUGGCUGUUACAGCCUCCCCAGCGCGCACAGCAACGAAGUGGCGCCCCGCAUCCACGUGGGCAACGCGUUCAUAGCCAAAAAUGUAAUGCGUUUACAACGCCUGGGUAUCACCCAUGUCCUCAAUGCUGCGGAAGGCAAGUCUUUCAUGCAUGUGAACACAAAUGCUGAUUUUUAUGAUGGAACUAAUAUCAUCUACCAUGGAAUCAAGGCCAAUGACACCCAGGAGUUCAACCUCAGCCAUUACUUUGAAGAAGCUGCUGAUUUCAUUGAUAAGGCAUUAGCACAGAAAGAUGGUAGAGUGUUUGUCCACUGCCGUGAAGGCUACAGCCGCUCACCCACCCUUGUCAUCGCUUACCUCAUGCUUCGGCAGAACAUGGAUGUCAAAAGUGCCGUCAGCGCCGUCCGGCAGAAACGGGAGAUUGGCCCCAACGAUGGCUUCUUGAAGCAGCUGUGCCAGCUCAAUGAGAAGUUGAUGAUGGAGGGCAAGCUGAAGAAAGCAUAGCCCCUGCCUAGCCUGUGGCCUCUCUACACUUCUUGCCAAACACUGUUAAUUGCUUUGGGUUGAGGACACUGGCUGCCAGGCUGCACAAGUGAGGCAGGAGAAAGCUCAAGUUGCUUUCACAAAGACUGAGUGGGGUGGUUUUGAGUAGUCCCGGAAAACUGCUGCAGGGUUGUGGCACCCUUGCUGUGAACCCCCACCUUGUCCAGCCAGGCACCAGCUCACAUAUCUUUAUUUUGGAAUUUGUUAAAUAUAGUUUAUUUGUGUGUGUGAGAGAGGAAGAAAGUUGAAGGGCUUGGUUUCAAAGUGUUUUGUAUCAUGACUAUAACUAUAAAUAUUGCAAGAUAUGAUUUUGCUAUUGUCCUCAUUUGCUUAGCCAGCCAUUCCUUCCUUCAUCCCCUGCCCGCCCCCCCCCCUUUGUAGAUUUAAUGGAGGGUUUUUUUCUUCACAUGUUUAGAGGUAUCCUUUACAUGGAUGGCAGCCCGGGUCAAGGUGUGGGAUUGGGUUCUAGUCCAUAUGAUUUAUUUGCAGGGAGCAUCAGGGUUCUUUUGAGUUCCCCAGAAAGUUUAUAUAGAUAACUGACAUUCUAAAACCUCAGGGCAGUGCUAGGUUAAUUUCUCCGGCGCUGAGUCCUGGAGAGUCCUAGAGCAGGUAGCUUUAUUUUGCUGAACCAGAUUUUGCUAUUCAGUUCCAAACUAUUUCACAAUUUUAAGAAUGGUAAAAUUUAAACAUGAAACCAAUGAUUUAGGUCAUCUAGUCUGCACAUAAACAUGCAGGUGCACAUGCAUACAUGCAGAUUCAGUGGCAGGAGCGUGCAGUGGCGGCUCUUUUGGAUAGCUGGCUUUCCAGGCUACUUAAUACCUUCAGCAAAGGGAAUCCUACUUUCUUCUGAGAGAAGUUAAUUCACCAUCCAAUAGUUCUUAGCCACUAGAAAAGUUUGUCGUAAUGUUUUGCUGCAAUCCUCUUCCUUGGCCUUGAUACCUCUUAUUAUUAUUAUUAUUAUUAUUAUUUAUUAAAUUUUUAUACCGCCCUUCUCCCAAAGGACUCAGCCAGAGUAAAAUACAAAAUAUAUACAAUUAAAACGGAUUUAAAAUAUAAAAUUACUAAAUGGCUCAGAAUUAAAAUGAAUUUAAAAUUUAAAAUACUACUAAAACCCAAUUUAAAAUCAAUCCAUUUAUGCCAGUCCCGCUUGGAUGAAUAAAUAUGUUUUUAGCUCACGACGGAAGGUCCGAAGAUCAGGCACUUGACGUAGACCAGGGGGGAGUUCAUUCCAGAGCGUCGAUGCUCCCACAGAGAAGGCCCUACUCCUGGGGGCCGCCAGCCGACAUUGUUUGGCGGACGGCACCCUGAGGAGACCCUCUCUAUGAGAGCGUACGGGUCGGUGGGAGGCAUAGGGUAGCAGCAGGCGGUAAGUACCCGUAAGUACCCGUAAGUAAGUACUCUUGCUUUAAUUCCCGCCUUUUAGAGCAGCGUUCUGUCAGCGUUGGCAACUUUAAUAUGUGUAGACUUCAAUUCCUAGAAUUCCCCGUUUGUCCACACGUAUCAAAGUUGCCAAAGUUGAGAGAUAUUGUUCUAGAGCAAGAGCUGCUUUCUCUGUGUCAUAUCUUUCAGCUGUUUGAAGAGAGCUAUAUGGUUUCCUCUUAGUGCUAAUGCUGGGUACUUCCAUUUUCCGGAACAAGAUCUAGAAUAGGUCAUAAGCAAUAAAUUGACUAGCCAGGAUCAGUGUCAAGAAUGUCUGCAAAGGGGCACCCUGGCUGUCAAAUGUAUGUGUGGGAGUGUUUGUGUACACAUGCAUGCACACCACGGGAACAUUUGUCUUUUGCUUAUUCUAGUUAAAGUAAGGCCCCUUGGGUCAUCACAAGAUAGGAAAGUAAAUGUUUAGUAAAAAAAAAAAAGAA